AUGCUGACGGCUGUAGCCACCAGCAAUGACCCAUGGGGUCCCGUGGGCUCCGACAUGGCCGAGAUCGCUCAGAUCACCUUCAACAACUCGACCGACUUCUACCAGGUCAUGGACAUGCUUGACAAGCGACUGAACGACAAGGGCAAGAACUGGCGCCACGUUCUCAAAUCCCUCAAGGUGCUCGACUACUGCUUACACGAGGGCUCCGAGCUGGUUGUGACAUGGGCGCGCAAGAACAUCUACAUCAUCAAGACACUGCGCGAGUUCCAAUACAUCGACGAGGAGGGGCGCGAUGUUGGCCAGAAUGUACGGAUGGCGGCCAAGGAGCUGACCUCGCUCAUCAUGGACGAAGAGCGAUUGCGCGCCGAACGAGCUGACCGAAAGUCGUGGAAGUCUCGUGUGACGGGCAUCGAGGAGUACCCGGGUCACCAGGGUGCCCACAAUGGAGAGGGAUCAAACCGGCGCGCACCAGAACGGGACCAGCGUCGCCAGCGCCGGACAGAAGAGGAGGAUUUGGAGUUCAGGCUGGCCCUCGAGGCAAGUAAGAACGAGGCAGAGGAAGAGAAGAGGCGCCGAGAGCGCACAACGGCUGCGGCGGGCGACGAUGACGAUCUCGCGAAAGCCAUCAAGCUCAGCAAAGAGGAGGAAGAGCUGCGUCGGAAGGAGCUCGAGCAAACCAAUGCGGAUCUCCUGUUCGGCGACGCGUCCGCACAACCGACCUCAUACCAGCCAACGGGCAACAACCAAGGGUACCAGCAGCAAGGCCAAGUCGACUGGUUUGGCAAUCUCGUGGACCAGAACCAACAACAGCCACAGAAUACGGGAUUCCUCAACAACGCGUAUUCGCAGCCCACUGGAAUGCAGCCGCAGCAGACUGGUUUCCAGAAUGGCUACGGGGGCUACGGUGGCUUCCAGCAGCAACAGCAGCAGCCCACGGGAUUCGAUCAGUUUGGCAACCAGCAACAGCAAUAUUUGCAGCCACAGCAGACUCUCCAGCCCCAACAGACCUCUUUCAACAUGAACAACCCGUAUGGCCAGUUCGGCAACGGAGGAUUCGGCGACAUGGGCCAACAGCAACAACAGCAGCCCAUGCAGCAGCAAGACUCGCUCCAGCCCGGGAACCACAACCCCUGGGCUGCCAACAAGCCUCAAGAGUCGCUCAUGCCCCAGCCUACAGGCUCCAACAACCCCUUCGCUUCAGGCUUCAACCGACCGCAGCCUACGCAAACGCAAGCCCAGCCAACUCUCAGCUCGUUGCAUGAGCAGAAGACGCAAUCGCAAUUCAAUAACACAUCCUUCAACCCACCUACAUCAUUCUCACCCCCGCAGCAAACGCCUUUCGCAGCCCCGCAACAAGCGCAGCCCCAGAAAGAGAUGGACCCGCAUACCGCCAGACUCAACACGCUGCUUGCCACCGGGGAAGGACAGGACACUUUUGGCAACGUCGGCAAUCUUCGUCUGCCGGCCCAACACACUGCACCCGGUACCUUUGUCAACUCUGCGGGUGCUGGUCUCAACCGCGUCAAUGCGAACGCGACGGGUAACAACCCAUUCCUCAACUCUCAGUUCACCGGCAUGCCUCAGCAGAACCGCAUAGCGCCUGCACAGACUGGCCCCGUAGGCAACUUCGGUGCCAACCCAUAUGGCAACGCGAACCCAUUCGGGGCACCACAGCAACAGCAGCAACAACGGCAGCCCGGCGCCAAUAACCUCAUAGACCUAUAA